AUGUCUGAAACCGAGCAGCCCCGAGCGACCCCAUCGCAAGGCCAGAACCGUGGUGGUAACCGACGACGCGGCCGAGGAGGUUUCUCUCAUCAAACAGGACAGACCGAAGGCGCACAGCGUCCGGCCGAUGGUGCUGGGAGGGGUCCACGAUCCCGCGGUCAGGGACCCAGACGAGGAGGCGGGGGACGCGAUAAGCAGAACCGCAGUGCCAGACCGGGUCAGGCCGCUGAUGAGAACGCAACGCCGGAGGCUAAUGCGGAAACACCCUCGCAAGGCGCUCCACUGGCGGAAGAAGGUGAAGGGAAGCAGGUAGCUGCAGCGGAGACGGACGAUGCGGACGAUGGCGAGAUCUGCUUCAUUUGUGCGUCGAACGUCGCACACAGCUCGGUUUCGCCGUGCAAUCACCGGACUUGUCACAUCUGUGCUUUGAGACUGCGAGCAUUGUAUAAGAACAAGGCUUGUGCGCAUUGUAGGACCGAGUCCAGCUAUGUAAUUUUCACGGACGAUCCGGCAAAACGAUAUGAGGAUUUCACGGAUGCGGAUUUCUCUCAGAAAGAUGAUAAUCUGGGAAUCAAAUACGAGAAUAAUGACAUUUUCGAGGACACGGUAUUACUGCUGCGGUACAACUGCCCUGACAGGAGUUGUGAUGUGGCUUGCUUGGGUUGGCCUGACCUGCAUCGUCACGUCAAGAGCAAGCAUGGCAAAGUGAUGUGCGAUCUUUGCACUCGGAACAAGAAGGUCUUCACGCAUGAGCAUGAACUUUUCACUAUGGCAGAGUUGCGCAAACACGAGAAGUACGGUGAUGAUGUGCCAGGUGCCUUGGAUCAAAGUGGUUUCAAAGGACAUCCCGAAUGUGGAUUUUGCCGCAAGAGAUUCUACGGCGAUGACGAACUCUACGCGCACUGUCGUGACCGUCAUGAGAGGUGCCACAUAUGCGACCGCCGUUCGGGGAGUCGGCAGCAGCAGUACUACAUUGACUACAACGCCCUUGAGGAUCAUUUCCAGAAGGAUCAUUUCCUCUGCCUGGACAAAGAGUGUUUAGAGAAGAAGUUCGUCGUUUUUGAGUCACAGAUGGACCUGAAAGCCCACCAGCUGGAGUGCCACCCCAACGGACUCUCCAAGGAUGCUAGACGAGACGCGCGGACGGUAGAUCUAUCAGACUUUGACCUGAGAGCACCUUAUCAACCCCAGAGACAACGCCGUGGUGCUGGUCGCGGCCGUGAUCCGAAUGCGGAUCCCCUGCCAGUAUCAAGCGCCCAGCCAUUAAGGCGAGAUGAGAUGGCUUAUCAGCGACAGAUGGCUAUCCAGAGCGCACAGUCUGUUUCUACCCGCAGCUUUGGCGGCCAGCUCACUCGCAAUGAUACUCAGACUGUUCGCGCGCCAGCCAGGUCUGGCGCUGCAACACCGGUUCGAACAGCUCCCGCCGGCCCGCCAAUUGCGGAAAUGGAGGCUCUCAAUGUCGGGGCUGCGUCUGGGCCUGCCACUCCGCAGGAUCAAGCUCGCCGUCUGCGGCACGCAGCUGUAAUUGAACGUGCCUCCAACCUCCUCCGGAACGACGCAAGCAAGCUGGCAGACUUCCGUUCCAAAGUCUCUCAAUACCGCACGUCGGCACUUUCACCCACCGAGCUCAUCGAUGCUUUCUUCUCCUUAUUCGAUACCUCUAGUACUGAACUCGGAAAGCUUAUCAAGGAGCUCGCGGAAAUUUACGAGGAUGAAUCCAAGCGCAACGCCUUGCUGAAGGCCUGGAACGACUGGCGCGCGAUCAAUGAAGACUACCCCGCUUUACCAGGUCCAGGAGGCCAAAUCCCAGGCAUGUCACCCGGCACAGUAAAUGGAAGCGGUGUCGGUGGAAAGCGUGUCCUCCGGCUCAAGUCAUCGACAGCACAAUCUUCCCGGUCCGCUGUUGGCAGAAGUGGCUCUAUCGUCUCGACAUCCUCAUCCUCAUCCACUAACCCCUUCCCGCCUCUCUCUGCCUCUACAGCCCGCUCUGCCUCUAGAGCGACCGCAACAGGUACACCCUGGGCCGCAGCGGCCCCUACUCCUGCUCGAACCAUGGCCAGCGCCAUCAACCCAUCUUCCCACCCGGCACCUACUCCCUCCCGCACCGUGCGGAACACAAAUGACUCCGAGGCAUUCCCGGCUCUCCCCGCAGCGCCGAAGCCGAACGUCCUCAUGGCGGGCCUCACUCGCGGGACAGUUCGAUGGGACGAUCGACGACCCCCACCGGUCAAUGCUUGGGCAUCGUCCUCCGGAAGCGGUUCCGCAUCUGCGAACGGGCCCGAGGAUGACUACGGGGAGUCGUCGUCAGCUGGAGGGAAGAAAGGCAAAGGCAAAAAAGGCAAGCAGACACUAUUCCAUUUUGGGUAG